AAGACGACGUUUCUAGCCGGAUAAUAACAGUUCGCAAACGACCGUGUACGCAGUUAAUUAAGACCACCGGUUCAGUAGUCUUUAAUUACGCACCACACAACAGCAGUAGAGUAAUAAUAAUUAAGAUGAUGUUCAACAAAUUCGCCGUAUUCGCCUUGUUGGCCGUCAGUGUCGCCGUGUUGGUCGUGCCGGCCAUCGGACAUCCGACCGAAGACGUCGGGUCCGAGAUCGAGGAAACCGCAACGACGGUGAAACACGGUAUCCGCGGUUGGCUGAAGAACGUCCAAGCGAAAAUCGUCAAACACGAAGAAAACUGUACUCACGGCGGCGGCGUCAUACGUUGGGUGAAGAACAAACUGGGGUUGUCGAAGAAAACCACUACCGAGACCCCGACGACCACCACCACCACCGCAGCGGAAACCGAUUAUUCUGGUUACUUACCGGUAACCUCGGUGGUAAACCAAGGAGAACCAGAAGAACCCUACAACGGUGGCGACGACGACGUCACGAUAUUGGACGACUCCGUGGCGACGGUACCCGAGAACGAUAGCGGCAACGAGUCUGUCGAUGUGGACUCAACAUAUUCGUCGGCGACCGAUAAUGUCGUCGACACAGCUGACCCCGACAUAGACGUCCGUAUCCGCUUGUAAACCAAUUAGGUACUAUGUAAUAUUAUUACGAUCGAUAGUUUUGGUCAUCGUUUUCACUUCGACAAACUUCGCUCGAUAAGAUAUUCCGGUUUGUAAUCGUUCUCGUAGGCUUUUACAUUUUUUUACGAACAAAAAGUUCCAUUAUAUUAUGUAAGAUUUUUUUUUUUUUGUUUUGACAAUUAUUAUUAUUGACGAAUAUUGCGUACCUACCUUAUUAUUAUAACCGUGUCGUUUAAGGCUGUGUUGGUAUGAUUUUAUGCACGUAAGAUAAUUUAAUAUAUUUCUAUAGGUACGUACGAAUAUGAACAUUAAAAUAUUAUUAAGUAGGUAGGUACAAUAUUGUUAUUAUUGUUAUUAUAAAUAUUACUACUACUGCAUAUUAUUAUUAUUAUUAUUAUUAUUAAUAUUUUAUUGUUAUUUUUAUUAUUUUUAUUAUUAUGAUUAUUAUUACUAUUAUUAUUAAAACAAUAUGUAUGAUGUAAUAUAUAAUAAAAUAAAUGCCUGUUGCGACUUGCGAUCUAUUACGUUGUUGGUAGACCAAUGCAGGUUUGAUCCCUAACCUUGCGAUUCAUUAUAACAUUAUAAUAUUAUGUAGGUACGUAUAAACUAACCUAGUACAUAAUAAUAUAGUAUACCAUUAACAAUCUUAAUUAAUAGGAUUUUUGAUAUAAUUUAAUUGAACUAUGGAAUAAAAAUAAACUGUAUGGUCUGUA